AGUACAUGCGUGAAAAUGUCAUUGACAAAUAAUGAUGGCUUCUCAUUGCCGCUUGCCAAGAGACAGAAGGUGGUCGUUGAUGAGGCUGCUCAAAGGAAUACGUACCAUGCUGGAUCUAGGAUUUUCUCCCCAUUUCGCACACUUGGACUAGUUUCACCAACGUCUGUUCCCUUCACGUGUACGCGACUGGGGAAAGCCACAUUUCAAAUAACAACAUCUGUCGGUCGUUGCUUGCAUACCUAUGAUCUACGUCAGGGGCUCAAGCUGGUUUUUAUUAGCCGCCCACAGACUCCACGCGACAUUACUGCUACGUUCGCAUGGCACGAUAUCUUAUUCGCAGCAUGGGGAGCUCUCGGGCCUGGAGGCUCCGGUGGAGUUUGGGUCUUCAAGCGUGGCAAGAAGAUUGCAUCGCUUGAAACACCCAUCGAAGCCUACGCGCCUAUCGAACACCUAACGGUCUUCGGUUCCUGGAUAGUAGGCUGCAAUGGGCAGUCGGUAAACGUUUGGAAGAAUGGCUCAUACGAGCAUUACACGACGCUCAUCCUUGCGCACUCUCGGGAUAACCCGGGUCAAGCGGCCUAUGCAACCCAGAUUUGCAAUAUGCCAACUUACCUCAACAAGGUUCUCAUCGGAAAGUCAGAUGGGACCGUGGACAUUUGGAAUGUGAAAACCGGAAGGCUUGUCCAUAGCAUAUUUGCAGCUUUCCCCAACGCCGGCCCAGUUACUGUACUUCGACCAAGCCCAGCGCUUUCAGUCAUCGCCAUUGCCUACAAAAAUGGGUCAAUAUCUAUCCAAAACGUUGAAACUGGCCAGUCUAUAUUUUCUUUCCAGCCACAGGCGCCACGAGUGCCAGCUAUAACCUCUCUCACUUUUCGGAAUGACGAUGCUGGUGCCGGGGAAGAUGGCCAGCAGUCUGGGGCUAUGGCAACCGCUUGUCUAGCUAGCGGCGACAUUACACUUUGGGAUUUGAACCGCGGUGGUCGCGUUGUGGGUGUUCUUCGCAACGCCCAUAAGGUCUCUGCGGGCGACCCAGGUUCAGGUAUAAACCAUAUAGAGUUCUUGGAUGGGCAACCAGUUAUUGUAUCAACAGGAAAGGACAAUUCGUUGCGGACAUGGAUUGUGGAUGAGUCUCCAUUUUCACCAAUUCCGAGGCCUCUUCAUUCGCGAAGCGGCCAUUCCGAUACCAUAACCACUGUCUCUUUUCUCCCAUCACAUUCCGACGGUUCGGAAACUACAGCAAAAUGGCUAUUGAGUGCGAGCAAAGACAGCAGUCUCUGGGGAUUCAGUCUACGGAAGGACAGUCAAAGCACUGAGCUAUCUCAAGGCUCUGUAGAACAGGGUGCCAAAAAAAAAGGUGUCGUGAUCUCAGACGUGAAUAAUGGAUCUAUAUCAAGCCAGCCCAAUCUCAGGGCGCCGGAAGUCACUUGUAUUGCAUGUUCUCUCAACCGAGAUGGUGGAAUGGGCGUCACUGUUUCGGGUACGAUCUGGUCUAACCCUAAAACUACCGACACAACUGCGUCGAACAAAACGGGCUGGGAAAGUAUUGUAACAGGUCAUCGUGGAGAUAAAUAUGCCAGGACCUGGUUCUGGGGCAAAAAGAAAGCUGGACGUUGGGUGUUUGAGACUGGCGAUGGAACCGAUGUUAAGAGUGUUGCUAUUUCCCAAUGUGGUACGUUUGCAGUGGUUGGAUCUGCAGGUGGUAGCAUUCGCCUCUUCAAUAUGCAAUCAGGUCAAUACCGGCGGAGCUAUCCCUGUCAGAAAACAAAAUACGACUUGGGUGGUGAAGUCAGAUACUCGAACAAGCAAAUUCAUACUCAGCAUACAAAAUCAGUCACUGGUCUGGCAAUUGACAGUUUGAAUCGGACAGUUCUCAGCUGUGGGUUGGAUGGAAAAGUUAAGUUCUGGGAUUUCCAGUCUGGUUUGUUAAUCAAGGAACUUGACUGGUAUCCAAUGACAGCAAUCACGGCCCUAAGGUAUAAUAGUAUGAGUGAGCUAGUUGCAUUCAGCUGUGAUGACCUUUCCAUACGUGUGGUUGACAUGGAAACAAAGAAAAUCGUGCGUGAGCUGUGGGGAUGUGCUGGACAAAUAAAUGAUUUCAUCUUCUCCAGUGACGGGCGUUGGAUAAUUGCUGCUUCUAUGGACUCCAUUAUCCGAGUGUGGGACUUGCCCACUGGUCAUCUGAUUGAUCUUUUCCGCGUAUCCAGCACAUGCACGUCUCUGGCCAUGUCACCCACUGGUGAUUUUCUAGCCACUGCACAUGCAGAUGGGGUGGGCAUCGGCCUCUGGUCAAAUAGGAGUCUAUUCAUCCCAGUAUCUACACGGGAUCUGAACGUGGAUAACCUCUUGGAUACCGGACUUCCUACUUCCUCUGGAGAGGGAGGUGUCGGAAUUAUUGAAGCAGCUUUCCAGCAGGAUAAUGAAGAACAUGACGGUGAUGGUCCAAUCUCAUGUACAGAACAACUCGAUCGAGAUAUGUUGACGCUUAGUGUUGUUCCCAAGAAUAAGUGGCAGACACUUGUUCACAUGGAUUUGAUUAAGGAGCGGAACAUGCCAAAGGAACCACCAAAGCGUCCUGAGAAGGCUCCGUUCUUCCUCCCUGCGCCUGCUUCUGAUGGUGCACCUAAGCACAAUGCCAAUGCAACGUUACUAGAAGAAGGAAAACUCACAGAAUCAUCACGUGUCGCCAAGUUACAGAUCACCAAGAACCCCAAUGCAGUCUCUCGAUUCACAUCACUGUUGCGGACGGGGUGCAUUUCUGGAGACUUUGAACCUUUCUUCUUCGAGAUGAAGUCUUUGAACCCGUCCAGACUGGACUUUAGACACGAUCGUUAGACACCGCAAGUCAAUGGCGGGCAGUCCGAACUGUCGGCUUUUGUCAUGGCGCUAUGCAGUUGCCUUGCUUCCAAAAAGGAUUUUGAGCUCGCCAAUGCAUGGAUGGCAGUAUUUCUCAGAAUACACUCGGAUGUUGUUGCGGCGUGCUCUGAUCAAAGUGAAGGUACGGACAGUGAGCUGAGAGAGCAUCUUGAUCUUUGGAAACGCGUACAACAGGCUGAGACUCAACGUCUGGCCAGUUUAGUUGGCUACUGUCGAGGCGUUGUUGGGUUCUUGAGGUCUUCCCGUUAGCGUAUGCUGCAUAUAUUC